AUAUGCCUAUUUUUGUGUCGUCGAAAUUGUGAAAAUUUAAAUCUCAUUUCUUUUCGAAACUACUCCCUCCUUUCACUUCAGAACGUAAGAAUGCGUAGGAGCAGUUGAAAGACACCUGUAUUUUUCUUGCAUUUCUUUGUUGAUAGCUGAGCCUUAUGUCUCGUCUCGUGGAGAAAGUGAUUGAAGAAAACGAAUCUUUGCUAAGAGAUAUCAGUGAAAAAAUUUGGUUGAAUCCUGAAUUAUCUUUUCAUGAAACUUAUGCUCACGAUUUGCUGACGACGACGCUUGAAAAAUUUGGAUUUGUUGUUGAGAAACAAUAUAUUUUGCCCACUGCCUUUCGAGCUGAAUUUUGUAAUGACAAAGAUAGGCCGACAAUUGCCAUCAUUUGUGAAUACGAUGCCUUACCAGAGAUGGGUCAUGCUUGUGGUCACAACUUGAUAGCUGAAAUCGGAUUAGCUGCUGGAAUCGCUGUGAAGGCCGCAAUGGAAAGUGAUUCUUCUAUCUGUGGAAAGGUUGUUAUUUUGGGAACUCCAGCCGAGGAGGGCGGGGGUGGCAAGAUAAAGUUGAUAGAGAAUGGUGCAUUUACAGACAUAGAUGCUGCACUGAUGGCUCAUCCUCAGAUGAACAACAUUCUUUAUCCUCUUAUUCUAGAUUUGGCGAGGGUUACUGUGACUUAUAAAAUGAAGGAAGACCUUGAUCCAUGGGAAGAUGUCAAUGCUAAUGAUGCUGCGGUUGCUUGUUACAACAAUGUCGCUAUUAUUAGGCAGGGAUUUAAUCCUAGAUGGAGAGUAAGUGGUAUUAUUAAACGAAGCGCUUGGGAGGAGACAGAACUAUGUUUUAGUUACAGAGCCCCGACAUUAAAAGAACUGAUGACUAUAAAGAAGAAGCUUAAAAAGUGUUUCGAAGCCGCCGCCAAAACAACGGACUGUAUAUGCGAGUACACUUUUUUAGAAGAUGCAAAAAAUUCAUAUAGGGGCAUGAUUGCGAACAAGAAAUUGGCCGAAGUGUUUGCAAGACACGCUGAAGCAAAAGGUAUAAUUUUUCAAGAUGGCAAUCCCAGUAUCUGCGAAUCUGCAGUAUCUACAGACAUGGGCAAUGUCUCCCACGUCGUGCCAGCCAUCCAGCCAGAAUACUGCAUCGGGGCUCGAGCGCCGCACGUGAAUCACACUCCCGGAUUCGCAGUAUUUGCUGGAUCAGCAGAGGCCCAGGAGCCAUCCCUGAAAAUCGCUGCAUCUAUGGCAGAAACGGUUUUGGAUCUGAUGACUGACUCUGAGUUGAUGAUGAAGGUCAAAGUAGAAUUUGAGACGAAUCCGAACAGGACAUAUGCUGGGCACAUCAGACAGGCGGGAGAAUGAAAUGCUGUUCUGAAGUGUUUUCUUGCUGGAGUAGAGCUUCAUAAACAGUGGCUUGCGACCCCUCUAGGGAUCGUAAUAUUUGUAAAGUGCAUUAUUUUUGAAGGGUUUUUUUUCCCCAAGAUUUACAAGAAAAAAUUGUUAAGAACACUAUCUUGAUCAAAAAAUUUCAUUAAGUUUAUAAUGAAUAACUAUUUAAAAUUUGUUUUAGUUAUCGUUAAUGAAAUCAUUCUGUUUUAUUUUUUGUGACUUCGAAGUUACGAGAAUUUUUUGGUUUUGAAAAAGAAUGUUGAGAGGGAAUAUUUUUAGAAGGCUUUGUAGAUUGUCUUUUAUGGAAGUUUUUGAAGUCCAGACUAGAUUCAAAAUUUUUCCUUCCGUUUUGGCAACGCCAAAACAAAAAUAUUUUAAAUUUAAAUAGAGUUUAAGCCUAAUAUUUUAAAUUUUCAUUUCAAAUCUUCUACUUAAAUAAUUAAAUAUGUGGAAAUAAAAUCAAUUAAAAACAAGCAUCAAUUUUGAUUAUAUGAAAAAGCUUAAGAAGAACGGGAUAUAACUUUUUAGAAUCUAAAUAUAUUAAAAAAAUUUUUUUAGAACAAAAAUAUUUCAUUAAAAGUUUAAGACAGUCAUUGAAAAUUUUUGACUCGGUUGCAUAACAGGUUAAUAUAUAGUCCAACUGAACCCUGGCGAUUGUUCAAAGCGAAAAUUAUUCUAGACAAACCCAUUCGUCCAAGAAUGUUCCUACUGUUUUUUAUUUGUUAUUUCAUUCAUAUUUGAAUUUUUAUUCACUCUAGUCAUUUUUUUUAUUCACUCCAGUUGCUUGUGUUAAUAUUCAUUGAAAUCUCUUGAAUAAAAUUACUUAUUUAGUUUAUUUCUCUAUUGA